AAGAAGUUUCAUUGGUUCUUGAAGCGCAAUGAACCAAAUUUAAAUUGUGAGAAUGCAGAUGUCUGUGACACAGUGGAUAAAAUGGAGGCAUGUUAUGGUUCAGUAGAAGCUGUGAACAUCACGGUGACCAUCCUGAAGAAGAUGAAACAGAACCAUCUAGCUGGACAGUUAGAGAACAAUACAAAGAGCAGCAUAAAUCCUCCUACUCAACAGAGAAACACAAGGAAUGUAAAAGAAAAAAAGAGGUGUUGGGUUUACAAGAAUUCUUGAUAAGCCACAAAAGCAACAUGAGAGAGAAGGCAGAAAGGAUUUUUGAAGUGAAAACGGAGAAUGAAACACAUCUGAUGAAUGUAUACACAGAACUUUUUAUCACCGAAGGGGAUAGUAAAGGAGUCAAUGAAGAGCACGAGAGUCUGCAGAUUAGUGAUGCUCUCAAGAUCCAGAAAUCACAAGAACGAUCAAUUCAAUGCAAUGAGAUAUUCCGUUUAUUAAAACAAAAUAACGAGAAAAACAUUGUUCUGACCAAGGGAAUCGCUGGCAUUGGAAAAACGGUCUCUGCGCACAAGUUCAUUCUGGACUGGGCUGAAGGAAAAGCCAAUCAGGAUGUAGACUGCAUGUUCCUGCUUCCAUUCCGAGAGAUUAACUUGAUUAAAAAGGAAGAGUUCAGUCUCCAUGAGUUUCUACAAGAGUUUUAUCCUGAAAUGGAAGAACUGGAUGAAAGCCAGUUUUAUAAGGAAUGUAAGAUUGCAUUUAUCUUUGAUGGACUUGAUGAGAGUCGACUGCCUUUGGAUUUUAAAAAUAGAAAGCUGUGUAGAUUGAAUAAGAUAUCAUCUGUUGACACUUUGUUUACAAGUUUAGUCAAAGGGAAUCUGCUUCCAAAAGCUCUCGUCUGGGUGACCUCCCGACCUGCAGCAGCCAAUCAGAUCCCUCCUGAGUUUGUGGGUUUGUUCACAGAGGUGCGAGGAUUCACUGACCAACAGAAGGAGGAAUACUUCAGAAAGAGAAUCAAAGAUGAGAUUCAGGCCUCCAAAAUCAUCUCACAUAUCAAGACGUCUCGUAGCCUCUACAUCAUGUGCCACAUUCCUGUGUUCUGUUGGAUUGCGGCCACAGUUCUUCAGCAUAUUCUCAUUGGGAACAAUACAGACAACAUCGACACAACCCUAACGGAAAUGUACAUUCAUUAUCUGAUCAUACAGAUGAACGUGAAGAACCAGAAAUAUGAUGAAACAUCUGAAAGAAACUAUAAUAAGCUCUUGGAUUCCAAUAAAACGAUGAUUGUGAAGUUGGCCAAGCUUGCGUUCGAACAACUGAAGAAAGGAAACAUUGUGUUCUAUGAGGAAGAUCUGGAAGAAUGUGGCAUUGAUGUAAAUAAAGACAUUGAUUUCACAGGAAUGAUUGCUGAGAUCUUUAAGAAGGAAGCUGGACUUCAUGAGAUGAAGAUCUUCUGCUUUGUUCAUCUGAGCGUUCAAGAGUUCCUCGCUGCACUGCACGUUUUCUUCUGCUACCUGAACAAGAACAUGGAGGAGCUGCAGUUUUUCUUGGAGAGGGCACACAGACACAUCACAUUGCAUGACUUUGUACUUAAGGCUUUUGUUAAAGUCAAGAAGAGUCAGAAAGGACAUCUGGAUUUGUUUUUGCGUUUUCUGCUAGGCAUUUCACUGGAAUCCAGUCAGAAACUGCUCAAAAGUCUUCUCACAGACAUUGAAGACAGCAAAAAGAGCAUCACAGUAAUAACUAAAUACAUUAAAACACAAUUACAAGAUGAGGCCACCUCAGAUGAAACUUCAGUGAACCUCUUUUACUGCUUACUUGAGCUCAAUGAUCAGUCGUUAUUGAAGGAAAUUCAAGGACGCUUAAGUUCAGUUGCACAUCAAGGAAGAAAACUCUCCUCUUCAAUGUGUUCAGUGCUGGUCUAUGUGCUGCUGAUGUCAGAGCAGGUGCUAGAGGAGUUUAACAUAAAGAAGUUCAACACAUGGCAAGGAAACUACAAGAGACUAGUUCCAGCUGUGAGAUGCUGCCAAAAAGCCAUAUUUGACAACUAUGAACUAGAUGAAACAAGUUGUGAAAGUUUGGCUUCAGUUCUGCAAUUGCCAAACUCCCACCUGAGAGAGCUGGAUCUGAGUAACAAUGACCUGCAGGAUUCAGGAGUGAAGCUGAUCUCUGAUGCAAUGAAGAACUCAAACUGUAAACUGGAGAUACUGAGAUUAUCCAUCUGUAAACUCACUGAUCAGAGUUGUGAAAGUUUGGCUUCCGUUCUACAAUCAUCAAACUCUCCUUUGAGAGAGCUGGAUCUGAGUAACAAUGACCUGAAGGAUUCAGGAGUGAAGCUGAUCGCUGAUGGACUGAAGAGUCCAAACUGUAAACUGGAGAAACUGAGAUUAUCCAUCUGUAAACUCACUGAUCAGAGUUGUGAAAGUUUGGCUUCAGUUCUACAAUCAUCAAACUCACUCCUGAGAGAGCUGGAUCUGAGUAACAAUGACCUGAAGGAUUCAGGAGUGAAGCUGAUCUCUGAUGGACUGAAGAGUCCAAACUGUAAACUGGAGAUACUGAGAUUAUCUGGUUGUAUGGUGACACAUGCUGGCUGUGGUUAUGUGGCUUCAGCACUGAGAUCAAACCCUUCACACCUGAAAGUGCUGGAUCUGAGCUACAAUCACCCAGGAGAAUUAGGAGUCAAUCUGCUCUCUAAGAGGCUCAAGAAAAAUGAGUGCAGAGUGGAUCAUGAGGGAGAGUUCAGGAUUAAAGUAGGACUACGCAAAUAUUUCUGUGAUCUUACACUAUAUACAAACACAGCAAACACUCUUAUUCUGUCUGAGGAGAAGAGAAAAGUGACAUAUCCUGAUCAGUCAGAGAGAUUUGAGCACUAUCAUCAGGUUCUGUGUAGAGAGAGUCUGACUGGACGCUGUUACUGGGAAGUUGAAUGGAGCGGGAAGGGCACUUUUAUAUCGGUGGCAUAUAAAGGAAACAGCAGGAAAAAAGACUGUCAUUUUGCAUCCAAUGAAAAUUCUUGGACUCUGAACGGCACUGAUAACAAAUUCACUAUCUGUCACAAUAAUUACAGUAGUGUAUUAGUCCCUUUAGCCCCCACUAACAGAGUAGGAGUGUAUCUGGACUGGACGGCUGGCACUCUGUCUUUCUAUAGCAUUUAUGACAAACACAUACUCACACACAUAUACACAUUCAACACCACAUUUACUGAACCCCUCUAUGCUGGAUUUAGAGUUUAUAAGGAUUCCUCAGUGUUUCUGUGUCAGAUUUAACAUAUCGUUUUUUUUCUUAGCCAAAGAAAUCAACCUCAACUCAUCUAUAUCCAUACUCCCAUCCAAUCAUUGAUAUUAUCAACAUAAAAACAAAACCCUAGUCUUACAGCAUGAUUACCUUUAUCUGUGAUGUGAGAGAACAUUGCAGAUGGUUUGACAUCUCCUUCAGACAUUCCCAAGGAGCAAACAAAAAACCUGGAGUCCUCCAUCAGUUAGCAUUCUCAUUUAUCUCAAUGGCAGACCUCGCGGCUCGGUGCAGACUGGUGCAGGAGCCCCCAGAAUUAUGUGAUUUGAAUUUUGUCAUCUUUGCUCAUGGACAUUCAGUUCUAUCCGGCUUCAUUCAGAGAAUAAAUAUGCACUGUUUUUAUACUUUAUUAAUCAAUCUUCAUAUAAUCAAGUUUAAUAAUUUACUUCACUGUGAGACAUUUUAUACAGUUUAUUCUUAUAUUAUUGUGCUUAUUUUAUGCCUUUUGUACUUUGUUUCUGCAAGCUGUAUGAGACAUUAAACUGUGGAUGUCCUUGUUGCCUUGUGGGGUCAUAAGGUUUAAUGCCUUUAAGAACUGACUCAGAGAAAAACCCAUGAUCUAUUUAAUACAUUUAUAUUGAUCUAUACAACACAUUCAUAUUGUUUCUUGUCUAUCUCCAUUAAAUGUAUAAUUAACCCCAAAAUGAGAAUUCUAUCAUGAUGUACUUUUGUGUCAGUACAAACCUGUAUGAUUUUCUUCUGUAGAACAUGAAGAUGCUUGGCUGACUGACACUCUGAGUCACCAUUCACUUUCAUUAUAAAAAUAAUAAAAAAUAAAUAAA